AUGGAUUGGAAUUCGAAGUGGGAUUGGUUCGGUUUGAAAGCUGCUAAAAUGACCAAAAAUCCACAAUCAGUGGACUGGAAGAUCAUUGACGAUGAUGAUGAUGGAUUGUUCAAUCUCUCAACCAUUUCUUCUACUAAAAGCCCAAUCUCAGCUUCCACCAACUCCUAUGUGAAAGACAGGAUGUUUGAGCUCACAGCAUUUGAGGACGUUUCUGGAAAUCGCGUUAGAAAGAUGGAAAUUGAAGAAGCUAAGGCCUCUCUAACUGCCGAACCAUUGAUCGGACUGAAGCUCGGAAAACGAACCUACUUCGAGAACAACGUUUGUGUGAUGCCUACACCGCCAUCCACUUUGUUGAAAAAGACAAAGUCAGCUGGUCAAGACAUCCCGACCCCGAACUGUGUUGUUCAGGGCUGCAAUGCUGACCUGUCGACCGCUAAAGAGUAUCACAGGAAGCAUAGAGUGUGUGACAGUCAUUCCAAAUGUCCCAAAGUCAUUGUUGGAGGCUUAGAACGCCGGUUUUGCCAGCAGUGCAGCAGGUUCCAUAGUUUAUCCGAAUUUGACGAGAAGAAGCGCAGUUGUCGGAAAAGGCUUUCUGAUCAUAAUGCACGACGCCGGAAGCCACAGCACAAAAUCAUCCAGUUUAGCUCAGAAAGCCUCUCUUCGCCAUUUAAUGGUGGGAGGAAGCAAUUGAACUAUCUGCUAAACAAUGCCCCACUUAUUUGCCCUACAAAUUCUGCCUACACCUCAAGGGAUACCACGCAUAACCCCAAGUUCACCCUAACAAAAGGGUAUAUAUCAAAGUCUGCCCGAGACGGAUAUUCAAAGUAUACUCGAGAUGGCGGCAUCGACAAUCCAGUGCAUAUGUCGGGAAUCAAAAUGCCACAUGCCAUCAAUAUGCACAGUACUGAGCAACUUUUGGCUUCCAUGAGGUCUGUACCCAAGGUGUCAAUUUCAGGCUCCAAGGGACACCUGAUCUCUUCCCACUUCAAUGCAGCACCCGAGUAUUUCAAUGCUCUCUCUCUUCUGUCAAAUGGUGAUACCUUGGAUUCAAGUGGACCAGAAAACAUGUCACUACACGAAAACAGUAGCUGUAUCGUGAAUCAGCCUAUGAUGAACGCAAUCCCAACAGGUGUGCCCCUCAAGUCUCCAGAUUUCUGUCUGGUGGGGCAUCAAUUGGCUUUUCCUCGUGCUCAUCCAUUCGUCUCAGACAGUAACUUCCAGGAAACCCAGCUUCUCGUAACUCCAUAUGAAGCUGAGUUAUUUUCUAACAUACUCGACUAA